AUGGCGACCCCAUCGAAUGGAUAUCCACCGAAUGUAUUCACUGUCCAACCUCAAGCACAACCAUACGGUCAACCUGGACAGCCAAUUUAUGUAGUCCAACAACAACCUCAACCAACUCGAAACAACGAUGGGUGUUGCGAAUCUUUUAUCGCGUGUUGCGCAUGCUCUGAGAAAAUGCUUGCUGACCUCAAAGAAGCAGGAAUGAGCGAGGCAAAUAUCAAUAAGCUGAACAAGAUUUAUGAAGAUUACCUGACGAAACGUGCUGAAAUUAAAGCAAAAACUCGAAAAGGAUACGUUUCGCAAGAAUACCAACGGUACAUUCUUCUUCGAGAUGGCUUUUUGCGUUCAAUGCCUGCAAAAGAGAAAAGAAUCUUCGAGAACUAUAUUUAUAAGUACGAAAAUCAUUCGGGAUAUUGA